AUGGUACAUCAAAUCUGUCUCUGUCUCUAUCUCUCUCUCUGUCUCUCUAUAUUCAUAUCUAUCUAUUUACCUACCUAUCUAUCUAAAUAUCUAUUUCUUUCUCGGGUGAAAUCUAUCUGUCACUGGUCAAAUCUAUCUAUCUAUCUAUCUAUCUAUCUAUCUAUCACUUCCUCUUUCUCAGUUAAAAUCGAUCUAUCUAUUUACAUCAGUCUCUCUCUUUCUCAGGUCAAACCUAUCUAUCUAUCUAUCUAUCUAUCUAUCACUUCCUCUUUUUCAGAUGAAAUCGAUCUAUCUAUUUACAUCAGUCUCUCUCUUUCUCAGGUGAAAUCUAUCUAUCUAUCUACUAUCUAUCUAUCUAUCUAUCUAUCUAUCUAUCUAUCUCUUUCUCAGGUCAUAUCUAUAUAUCACAGGUCAAAUCUAUCUAUCACUAUCUAUCUAUCUAUCUAUCUAUCUAUCACUUCCUCUUUUUCAGAUGAAAUCGAUCUAUCUAUUUACAUCAGUUUCACUCUUUCUCAGGUGAAAUCUAUCUAUCUAUCUAUCUAUCUAUCUAUCUAUCUAUCUAUCUCUUUCUCAGGUCAUAUCUAUAUAUCACAGGUCAAAUCUAUCUAUCCAUCUAUCUAUCUAUCUUUCUAUCUAUCUACAUCAGUCUCUGCCAAAUCUAUUUUGAUAAAUGCAUUUAGACAAAGUUCUCCGGAUCCAGGGGAAUGGCCUCUCAUUAUUUAUCGUUCUGACGCAGCAGCCGUCCGCAUGUUUCGAUGGUUUGCUAAAUAUCUAUCUAUCUAUCUAUCUAUCUAUCUAUCUAUCUAUCUAUCUAUCUAUCUCAGUCUGUUAAUAUCUAUCUAUCUAUCUAUCUAUCUAUCUAUCUAUCUAUCUAUCUAUCUAUCUAUCUAUGUCUGUUCAUAUCUGUCUAAGUCAGUUCCUAUCUAUCUAUCUAUCUAUCUAUCUAUCUAUCUAUUUAUCUAUCUAUCUAUCUAUCUCAAUCUGUUCAUAUCUAUCUAUCCAUCUAUCUAUCCAUCUAUCUAUCUAUCUAUCUAUCUAUCUAUGCCUCUCGCUUUCUCAGGUGAAAUCCAUCUCAGAUCAAAUCUAUCUAUCUAUCUAUCUAUCUAUCUAUUUGAUAUCUAUCUAUCUAUCUAUCUAUCUAUGUCUUUCUCAGGUUAUAUCUAUAUAUCACAGGUCAAAUCUAUCUAUCUAUCUAUCUAUCUAUCUAUCUAUCUAUCUAUCUAUGCCUCUCGCUUUCUCAGGUCAAAUCUAUAUUCAGGUCAAAUCUAUCUAUCUAUCUGUCUAUCUAUCUAUCUAUCUAUCUAUCUAUCUAUCUAUCUAUCUAUCUAUCUCUUUCUCAGGUCAUAUCUAUAUAUCACAGGUCAAAUCUAUCUAUCUGUCUAUCUCAGUCUGUUCAUAUCUAUCUAUCUAUCUAUCUAUCUAUCUAUCUAUCUAUCUAUCUAUCUAUCUAUCUAUCUAUCUCUUAGGUCAUAUCUAUAUAUCACAGGUCUAAUCUAUCUAUCUAUCUAUCUAUCUAUCUAUCUAUCUAUCUAUCUAUCUAUGCUUCUCGCUUUCUCAGGUGAAAUCUAUCCCAGGUCAAAUCUAUCUAUCUAUCUAUCUAUCUAUCUAUCUAUCUAUCUAUCUAUCUAUCUAUCUCUGUCUUUCUCAAAUCUAUCUAUCUAUCUAAUUUUCGCAAGUUUUUUUGUAUCUCAUUUUUUUUUACACCUUCUUUUAUUUAAAUUUGAUGUUACUAUUACCUUUUUUAUUCCUAUCCGAAACCCAAUAUUCAUAAUCCUUUUCCUUGAAAGGCUCCUUUUUUAA